GUUCCUGCUGGCAUACACAGUGCUUCUGCCUGUGUUGGGCUACCCUCUGCUCUACCUGGAGCUGCUGCUGGGACAUUACGCCCGCCUCGGCCCUGGCGCACUCACGCGCUGCCUGCCCAUCGCCAAGGGUGUCGAGGUGAGCAUAGCCCUGGUGUGCGCAUGCGCCGCGGUCUCCAUGGGCGCGGUGAUGGCUGAGGCCGUGCUCCACCUGCUGCUCGCCUUCUCCGAGCUGCCUCCUCGCUGGGCCGGCUGCCAAGGCUUCUGGGAGAAUGGGCCGCUCGAGACCUGCUUUCACCCUGGUUCCAGGGCCACCCUGCUGGAGUCUGUGCUGACGCACUGGGUGGACACAUUCCCCGACAUGGUACCCCAGAAGCCCGCCCUGGCCAUGGCCCAUUGCGCAGUCGGAUUCAUUGCCGGCCUACCGCUGGUGUCGCGUCAAGCGGGGUUACAGUUGCUGCAUCUUCUCAACGCGCAGGUGCUCGGGCCCUUGCUGGCGUACACCGCGUUUUGUGAGGUGGUCGCCGUGUCCUGGGUCUACGAGCACUGCAAGUCGUUGCCUGGUGCCGUCAUCUGUGAUGGAGCUGCACCAACUCUCAGCAUCGGACGGCGGACCCGCGGUGGAUCAGCCACAUCCCUAGCAUGUGCCGUCUUGUCCUUACCGUUGCAUUCGAAGGUUUCUUUGAAUGCGGUAUUGAUCUCAACGCUGUUACUUAUUACGGGGAACCCUAUCUAAAACUAGGUCAUAUAAUAAAGCAUAAAAUACGAGCUGGUGUCAGUGUCAUCUAAACAAACUCGUAAAUAAAAAAUGAUGCAGAAUGCUAUACCCUUUGUCAUAAAGGGCUUGUUUGCAUAACCCCCACAAUAAACACUACUGAUGCACUUUCGCCGUCCGUAGGUCCCCUUUGUGACUCGUAGGUUGUUUCCAUUAGCAUCGU